GGAAUCUAGUUUGCGAUAAGCAUCUGUUUUCUCUCCUUGCAGCAGCGCUUGAGAUCUCCUUGAUCAGAAUACAGACGGCGAGUCAGCGUUUCAUCGAGACACCACAUGAUCUCAAGAGAUCCAAUAUCCCUCGGAUGCUCCCAUCACCGCCGCUCUGAAAGCCGCCAUUCAAGCGGGGGCUCUGUACUCUGUACCGGUACCCCAAGGCUGUCAUGCUACACGGAAUUAUUCACUCCUUUCCUACGGAGUCAAGCUAGAAACAGUCAUGCAACAGCUAGUUGAUUGUCACAUUUCCCGACAUGCAAGCGUCACUUUCGCGUCUACACAAAAUCAAUGCCUUCAAAUCGUUAGUCAACUACUAGCUAGCUAGUACAUGCACCUUACCGCUGGCGAGACUGGUCACUAAAUGAAUGUUCCAACAGCAAGAGAUACCCAUGAUAUGUAUACUAUAACCCCCUGGGGUUUUCCACCUCUUGGAAUAUACACAGAAGGGACAACUCCAUUGCGGCAGUGACCCCUGGUAUGGCUACGGUACCGAGACAAGGGAUUGGUUGUCAAAGGAACAAGAAAUCCAUGUCGAUGCUAUGGAAGAAUUCAAGGAAGAAGAGGAGGACGCCGGGGAGAGCACUCCUUCAACCGUGUCGGCAGUCUUGGAGUCGUUGGGUAGACUAUUACCCAUGUGCACAAAACGUUGGAGGAACAAUUCAUUUUGACCCUGGAGGAAUUCUAUGAUCUGUCUGUCUCUGGCUGGACCAUUUAAAGGAAUUGGCCAACCACUCCGUCAUUGCUGCGAUUCCGCAGCGACUGCUUGUGAAACAAGGAACUACACUUGCUGCUCAAUAUGGACCCAAGAUGGUCAAUAUGGACCCAUGAUUUGGGAAAUGGCAGCACAGGCAAUGUAAUUCAAUCAACCGAUCGAAUGGAAUCGAAUCUAUGGACAAAAACGAAAUGACGAUUAUACCGGUACCUGGGCACAUGCAACAACCAACAUCCUGUGACAAUGACAUGCUGCCAUGAUUCCUGCCGUCCCGGUACAUGCACGAUACCGGUACCAGGUACAGGUUUGUCCUGCAAAUAAAUGUUCUCUCCGUUACGCAACGUUGCUUUCUUCACACUAGGGUAUUGCUAGCCAGGUUCACGACUGCUUUUGCAAAGCCUGUGAAGCUGUAUUGGCAACACCCCAUCUUGGUCGGAUCUGCGGGGAACGUCCCGCGGCCUGCACCUGGCAUUGCCAAUGCAUGGCCUGGCCUCGUCACUCAUCUACAGUUGCCGCCUUCGAACACUGUUGAUGAACCAAUUUGACCACCAUUGGCGUUUGACUGGAGAAAACAUCGAGAAGUCAUCGGCCACUAAGUUGCUUUCUAGCAAGCUAGCUACGAUCUAGCUAGCCAGCUAGCGCUUGACUGAACUGGCAGCCGAAAGGGAGAUGCAGACUGCAGCGAGUUCACUUGUCCAGAAGUUGGGGCAACAUUCGUAACAAUCCAACAGCAGCAACAACAACACGAUCAAUCGAGAGCAACCAUGAGCUUGCUAACGGCACUUCAACGAGCACUUCUGGUGAUAUCUUCCAUCCUUUUUGUUCAAACUACAUGUGCUUCUGCAACAACAUCUGAAGGUUCCUUCAGCCAAUUGGCGUUCUAUGAUGAGCUACGUUUCGAGGAGGGAGCAACGGUAACUCGCCAAGGCAACCUCGAUGUCGUCGAUGAUGUCAGUAUUUGCCACUUGGCCACACUCUUGCCCCUCAGUUCCGUCGAGGGUGAUCACAACGACACUGGCAGCACCAGGACACCCUUUACAACCUUGGGGUCCUUCCGGGGCGCUGCCGCCAUGAUGCUGGCCAUGUCACACUUGAACAGCGGCAAUGGCUCCAUCAUCCCCGAAUUGGCGCAAACGCCUCAAACCUGUCCUCAGCUACGUUUUACCAUGGAGCUUCUCGACAGUCAACUCGACGAACGCAAGGCCAUUGAUCACGUCAUUGGCAUGGUACAACGCAAUGAUCCAAAAGAUCAGCCGCUACCCUGCGCCUUUGUUGGCAGCUAUCGAAGUGCCGUGUCCAUGCCGACCAGCAUCAUUACGGGGCUUCAGGGAUACCCGCAGUGGGCCGCCAUGUCUACCAGCUCUGCACUGGACAAUCCAGACCAAUUCCCUUUGGCUGGUCGUUUGAAUCCCUCCGAUGACGGGACCGCCGUCGCGGCAAUCUUGUUCUUUCAAUCCAUCCAAGUCCAACACUUGGCCGUCUUGCACACCAGCGACGCCUAUGGCAAUGCUUAUGUCAAUGGUUUGAUUCAAGCGGCAGCCAUUCAUGCCCCUUCUAUGCAAAUUCUAUCCGUCGACUUGCCCUUUCACGCCUCGGAAGAAAUCAUUCAGCGACGCGUCGCAAAGUUAAAGGCCACGGGAUUUCGCUACUUUUUUGGAAUCAUUUUUGAUGCCGUGCAUUACGAUCCACUCAUGUCCGAGGCUGUGCGACAGGGCAUUGCCGGAACGGGUGAACAUCAGUGGAUCUUUUCCGAUGGAGUCGGUGUGGGACGCAUGAUUGGAGCCAAACACAAACCCGGGUCUCCUCUGCUGGCCGCAUCGCGUGGCACCGGAAUGAUUACAGCCGUGGGUGGAUUAUUAAAGAAUGCGGUGGAGGAGGAUCAUCCAUCGCAGCAGCAGCCAACAAGUCCCUAUGAUCGACUGGCCCUUGCCUUGCGAGAUAUUCAAAACAAUCCCUACGAUUUGUCUUACCUGAGCUUCAAGCUCCCGCACUAUCCCGAACAUCCCGACUAUGAUGCUUCCAUUCUCUUUGCAGACCCUGAAUUCUUCCAUGAGCCCGGUCUGUUGGCGCCAUUUCUUUACGAUACCGUUGCAGCCAUUGGUUUGGCAGCCUGUCAGGAAGUCGCUUCCGGAAUUACGCUGGCAGGAGACAAACACUACCAACGAACCUUGCAGACCAACUUUGACGGAGCCACUGGUCGGGUUGUCCUUAAUCCUGAAACAGGAACUAGAGAAGCCACAUCGGCCUUGUUCUCGUUGACCAACUUUGUGCAGGAUGACACAAACAAUAUGGAUCCAGACGGUAACGUUGGCAUUCGCGCCGUUGUGGCCAAUGUCUUUCAGAACGGGAAUUGGACCACCUUGGAACCUUACAUCUUUAAUGAUGGCUCUACAGUGCCAACCCUGGAUUUGCCUCCUAGCAAAGUGGAUGCUAAUUACAUUCACACCGCGGCGCGGGCGCUCAUCCUGUUCUUUGGGUGUUCCAUCAUGAUAUUGAGCAUGGCCUUUGCCACGUGGACCAAACUGCAUUCCAGCGAUCGAGUCGUCAGGGCUUCGCAGCCAGUGUUCCUGUUUAUCAUUUGCAUUGGUACAUUCUUCAUGGGUGUUUCGGUGUUGCUCCUAAGCUUCGAUGACGCCGUCUUGAGGUCAAUUGGAUGCCAAGCGGCAUGCAUUGGGUUUCCAUGGGCACUUUGUUUGGGCUUUGCUCUUACCGCCUCAGCUCUCUUUACCAAGACACAUCGCAUCAAUCUCAUUGUCAACCAACGACAGUUUCGAAGAGUUGCCGUGACUGCGCUGGAUGUCAUGAAACCCAUGUUUUGUCUCGUGGGCAUCAAUGCCCUCACAUUGAUCUUGUGGAAUGCUCUCAACCCGGCGGAAUGGGUCCGUGAAACCACCGACUAUGAUGCCUUUGGCCGGCCGUCACAUUCCAUUGCAUAUUGCUCUUACGAGGGGGCCAUCCCUUACAUCAUCACGCUGGCAAUCACCAACGUUGGGGCCAUCUUUUAUGCGUGCUACGAAGCCUAUGUCGCCAGAGAUGUCUCCACGGAAUACGCCGAGUCCGAGUACAUUUUCAAAUCCAUGGCAACCGUGCUCGUGGUUUGCUUUAUCGGAAUCCCCAUGGCAUUCGUGACAGAGGAGAGCACCACAGUCCACCGAUGUACCCUUGCUGCCGUCAUUUCGGCGUGUUCGCUAAGCUUCCAACUUUAUAUUUUUGUUCCCAAGAUCAAGUUUAAUCGCCAAGCGAUUCGAGAUGUACAUGGCAACAGCAACAACACCGCAUCUAGGCGCCAGUCUGGAGUCUUCCGCGUUUCGAGCACGAGAUCGUUGUCAUCCGAGUCUACAGGCGAAGAGUUUGGAGUACGAGUCUUCAAUCGGAAACAUAGAGAAACGGAUCUCGUGUCCGAAGUCCACAAAUUGAAGAAGCAAAACAUGAAACUGCAAAUGGAAAUCAACACGCUCAAGGCAGGCCGUGAUGAGAGCAGCUUGGAGCUAACCCGACAAAACAGCUCGAAAAGUGUCACGUUUGAUGAGUCGUCCAUGAUCGAAACCACCAGCUGCAGCAUUGGCCAUCGCAGCUUGAGGUCGAUUGCUGUCUCGGAGGCUGAGAGCAUCAUUACGAUUGACCCAUUACACCCAGACGAUGAAAGCAAUUUGGACGUGGCUCCGUUUUGAGGUUCUCUGGUUGUUGCAAUCUCAGGCAUACAUUAGAACAUACAUGUCCGGGACGCUGAGGGUGCUGCUGCUGGAAGACUGAAGUUCCUCCUUUAAGAUUACCGCAGGUCUUCGGUACCAGUACGAACACAAAGUGCGACAUGCAAGAAGGAGGCAGUCCGCAGCACGUUGAGUCGUCAAGGGGAUUGUGAUGCUGUCCUUAAGCCCAACCUAAUGCUCUCAAGUUGCCCCCAACUUACACUAGGGCUAACCUAGUUUCCAAGUUGACAACUGUAUUCUGGAACACGAAAGUGCGUUCUCCACGAGUUUGCUUGGAGACCGCUUGAGACUCAGCAUCUCUCCGUAUACCCAGGGGAAGCCGAUGUUGUGCUGUACUGGUCGAAACGUAACAUCCAAAGGACUGUGUAGGUUGAUUCUCCGAUCCUGAAACAUCUCUCCGUACCACAGGGAUGCCAAUUCUGUCCCGGCCGAAACGUAGCAUCGAAAGGACGUCAGUCUCCAAUGCUGGUUGAGGGUGACGUCCUUGACACCGAAUAUACUAGCUAGCUACAGCAAUCUGAUAGUAUCCUGCAUUUUCUACUCGCAAUCUGGAACGUGGCCUGGGGAUGAAAGGUCGUUGCUAGCCAGCUAUCGAUCAAAGCUGUAUGCGAUGACUGAGGUUCUGGCAGAUUUGUCAUCAGCACAGAGCAAACAUUUUGACGUUGGUAGUCGUGAGGAAAGAUGGAGAUUUCGGGAGCCAGACCAGGACGACCGUAUUACACAAUGGUCGAUGGACCGAUUCGGUCAACGAACAAGGCCGGGAUCUAAGAGGCUGCUGGUCAGGGAAACUUGCAAUGUGUCGGUGAAAACGACCGACAGAGCAAUCCAACUUUACCCAGCCUGGAACCACCGCAAAAUUUACUCACAAAUUGCUCAAUCAUACUGAACCAUCGUUCGUCGUACCGGUACGUCACGAGCCUAGCUAGCUAGGAAGUCUGAAAUAGACAAUGAACGAACACGCAAAGCAAUGAUUGGAAUAUUAGAAGUACUAG